CACUCUCUCAGUCGGCGUCUGGAGCUGCCUGCCUUUGCCCUCACCUUCCUGCGCGUCCCGGCGUUUUAAACCCAAACACAAGAAAAGGGGGGAAAGACUACACGGCAUGCACAUGGGAGAAGGCGAGAUUUAUUUCAUUCCUACACGUCGCACGAUGGCUUAUAUAUGAGGAGGGCACUUUGGGAUGCGGACAUAAACCAGCGUCUCCGCGGAGAGAAGCGCAUGAGAAAACACAUCGCUGUCCUCUCUCCUACACCGAGAAGGACUCCUCCCCACCUCGGCCGUGACACCGGUAAAUCACAGAGAAAGGAUAACUGUCUUGUUUUUACGCUGGAGAGGAAAGACCGAGUCUGACAUUACCAUUCAUCUGCCAGUGGCUGACUUGACUGUAUGGCUUUAAAAAGUUGCCCGGAGAACAUGGACAUCUGACGUGCGCCACACGGCGUCAUUGGACACAUUGAGCCUCUCUCUCCCUCUCUCUCUUUUCUCCAUCAUAUCUUGGACUGACUAAUCCCCUGCGCUUUGGGUUUGGAGUAAGAAGAAGUGUUGAGCAGUUGUCAUUUGCCCUCACACAGGCUUACAUCCAGUAGCUCCCCGCAUGAGGGGAACAUUAUAAAGAAGACACUGCCUGUUGUGCUGCGCAUUUCUCUGUGUUGAUCUUACUGUUUGUGCAUUAGUGGGAGAAAUAUUUUGUCAGCCCACCAAGGAUUUGUCCCAGCUGAGAUCCUGCAUGAUAUAAAUCCUGUGAUUCAUCUGGACCCUCGACCUGCAUCCUGAGAGAAAACACCGUGACGCGCUGGUUUUUGUAACUUUAAAUUUCCAUCAGCCUGAACAAGUGUCAUCUCGAGUGGUCACAUUCUCGCUGUUCCCUUUGCGUUUUCUAUGUUGUGCGCAUUUCUAUUUCUUCACUAUUCACAAACUGCGCCAGGAACACACGGCCACAUGUGAAUGAGACUCACCACCUGUCCCGGUUGAAGCGCCCGUACAACUCGACUGACUGACCCGACACCGAAGAGGAAUACGUGCCGAAGUUUCGCUGUAGUGAUGCUGCAAAUGGAAAUGGUCCUCUUCGUCUGCCUGGUGCUGUUGAUGUGUGUAUUUAGCCAGGAGCCCAGUUCCAAAGUGGUGGCCGACCGCUACGCCGUCUUCUGGAACCGGACCAACUCCAGGUUCCAUAGUGGGGACUACCACAUCGACGUGUGCAUAAACGACUACCUGGAUGUCUACUGUCCUCACUACGAAGACACAGUGCCUGAGGAGCGGACGGAACGCUAUGUCCUCUACAUGGUUAACUACGAUGGCUACAGCACGUGCGACCACACCGCGAAGGGUUUCAAACGCUGGGAGUGCAACAGGCCGCACUCCCCGAACGGACCGCUCAAGUUUUCAGAGAAGUUCCAGCUCUUCACUCCCUUCUCCUUGGGCUUUGAGUUCAGACCGGGCAGAGAAUACUACUACAUCUCCUCCACCAUUGCUGAGAACGGGAGGAAAACAUGCCUGAAGCUCAAAGUUUUCGUCCGACCAUCAAACAGCUGUGUGAAAACUAUAGGCGUACAUGACCGCGUUUUUGAUGUAAACGACAAAGUAGACAAUACAUUAGAACCACGAGACGAUACCAGUCAUGAACCGGCUGAGCCUUCCCGAAGUGACGAAACAAACGCUGCGCCAUACCUACAGAAAACAAGUCCACUCCUGGCUUUGUUGCUGGUCUGCCUACCAGCACUCUUCACUUUAUAGCGCCUCCCACUGUCCCGGAGGGCAUUUUACACCUAGCGUGGCCUGAAUCUGCCCGAGGCUGCAGGGAAGGGGCGGGAUUUGGGUGGAGCGUGUUUGCUUGAUUGGGCAUCAGAGCAGGCUUCUCAAGGAACCCUCUAUUUUUUUCAGAAAUAUAUUUAAGUGGUCUUUCUCCGUCUGUGAGUGAAAAAAGUUGAUGUUGGAAGCGGGAGAGACAGUUCCCCCUCUUAAACCUUCAACUAAGAUGCCAAAUCCCGUUUUUUGACACUUAGUGAUUCUUAUUUUCCCGUGACUUUUUUGUGACAUCCCUUUAGAUCAUGUUUAUGUCACUGCAGCACUGAUGUUUACCCACUGACAUAUACAUACACAUGUGCAGAGAGUCACAGUCAACAGCAGCAGGGUUUUUAGUUGUAUACAGUAGCAACAGGGACUGUACAUACCAAUAAAUAGCUGUCCCGAGACCUCUCAAGAAGCCUUUCAGAAAAUAUUUAGACGACAUUCUGCUGUGUUGAAAAGCAGAUUUUUGCGCCUCAAUUUUACUGGGAAGUGCAUUACAAAGCUGAAGGAUGAAGAAGUAGGAAGAGAACGGUUUUAAGCAGAGGUCAGACUAGAAACGACAGCACUGAGAAAUACGUACACGAAAUACGCAUGCACCUUAGCCUGCUGAUCUCCAGAUGGUCCUGGUUUUAAGAUAGUGUCCGAUUCUCUCCUGAAUACAAGUGUGUGCAAAGGUGGAUAAGCUACUUAGAGCAAGAGUGAGUGUAAAACCCAUGGAACCAUGAGGCAACUUUUUCUCGUCCUCCUUUGUAUAGAGCAUGCCAGGCUGCUCAAUAAAACACCUCUCAAGCAUUUGGUUCACUCUGAUUAACAAAACAGCUAAAUUGAAACUUUCUCUCCAGACACAAUGUGGACUGCUAUUAAGAUCGAGGAUCGAUAUCUUUUGAAAGUUGAUCACACAAUUUCACGGCACCAGUCACAGUCAUUUUAUGCAAUGUUUACUGAGCUGGGCAGCAAUUGUUCUCUCUGAUCCAUCCGAGUAUUAGUCGAUAUUUUAGCACUCCCAUAAACAUUUGCAUCCACUGCUUUUUUCUUUUAUUCUCAGUGUUUAAAAAAUGAUUCAUUGCUAAAUUGGACACUUUAUUUUUUUUUCUAAACUAUUAAGUUAUUUUACUUUCUCAAUGGUGUCUCCAAACAUUGUGUUUCUCUUUGCAGACACUGUAAACUUUGUAUUAUUGUAUUGUCUCAAAAUCCACUUAAAUGAGAGGUCAUGAGAAAGACACUUCAACUCUCAGUGCCAUACUUUUUUCAUGUCUUUGUCACUUAAACAUAAUCAGAGCCUUGACUCACGCUCAUCAAACAUUACUUUGCUGGUUCUCACAUUCGGUUCAUUGCAGCUGUUAGUGCAGUGUUUACAGGACUAAUGCAUAGCUCCAAUUAGCUGAAAACACUCUGCAAGAACAGAGAAACUACCCAUUUAAUUGAAGGCAUUGCACAAUUCUAUUUAGUCUUGUCAGGUUUAUGUUAGCACUUACAUUCAGAUGAAUUCACUGUUUCAUAAUCAUAUUCAGCUUCUUUCGGCUCCCACAGAUGCACAUGGCGAGUUAGCAUAAAGAAUGCUGUUAUGUAUUUUUUUCAAAUGGAAGUGACUUGUUGUCUUUGCUUUCAAAGACAUGUAGACAAAUAGAGAAAUUAACUCUAAAUGUCGAAGCCGACUUCCUUUUAGAGUCCGGUUUUUGUAUGAGAAAUAGGGCACCAAUUGGUUUAGAAAAACAGAAAGAAAGAAAUAGAGCAAGAAAAAAGGAGCAAGGGAGCAAUUGCAUGUCCACCUACAGCUCCUAGUGUUACUGGUUUAAGUGACUCUUUAAUGAGGUUCAAAAUGACAGGCAUGUGGACUCCAUGUUGUGGCAAGGGGAGUUAUUUCUGGUAUUAAAAAUAGAUGGUGGAAGGCUUGGGGGGUCUCGGGAGGGGGGGUGUAGAUUUCCACCGCGGGGGGUUUUAAAGCACCAAUGACCUUGCAGUUUGAGAGAAUUGGUGAGUGAAGGAGACGGAGAGACGCACACACACACGAACAGAUAGCAAAGGCAUGGGAGGUAGCCGAAGUUAGUGUGACUACAGUGCCUAACAAAAAACAAGACAAAACAACUAAAAAUCCAUGCAACACUACUGGAAAGAAAAACCCACCGGAUUCAAUGACAAACUUAUUGUUCUGUAUCAUUUUGUCUCAAAAGGCAUGCACUGUUUUGUUAUUGCUGUUUUUAGUUUUAUGGCUGCCUAUUUUUUUUUCCUUUUUUUUUCCUUUUUUCUUUAUCCCCAGAAAGACUGCCUCUGCCUUUUGCCAUUUAUUUUCUGCGCUACGGUAACAAUGCUAUUACAGCCAGAAUAGCAGCUCAGCUAUGGGGGGUAAUAGGAGACGGGGCCAUUUAAUGAGGUACUAAUUUUCAGGAGAACACCGCAGGGAAUGAGCACCGCAUAAGAUUCAAAAUGGACGCUUGUCAGCAGAUUAACACUAGACUUUUAUCAGAAACCAGCUUCAAUUGUACUCUUAUAAUUACCAAUACUACUAUUUGUCAUUAUUGCUAUUAUUACCAUGGUUUAUUCUGUACACACCUUAACCUGGGAAAUGAGGAUCAACUUAUAAACUGGAUACUGUGUAUCCUGAGGUAGUCAACCAUAAAACAAGUAGUGUUAGGUUAGUAUCUGUUUUGUACCUUUCUGGAGGACAAAAGAAAAAAAUGAGAUACAUCAUUGUUAAAACUGUAUAAUUAUUAUUAUUGUUAUGAUGAUGAUGAUUAUGACUAUUAUUAUUAGGAAACCUUCUUGAUGUAAAUAGUGUUUGAUAUUAAAGUAUUAAUUUGGUUCUUAUGUCUUUUCUAAAAAAUGAAUACGGUAUUAUCUCUGGGUUUUGCGGAGUGUGUACUGUCCUCAAAUAACGCAUUGUGUGCUUUGAUCCUCAAUGCCUAAUGAAACUUUGAGCUAAUAUGAAGGGGGAAACCCGUGGGAGCUGUACACCACUGUACAGACGGCUGGACAUUAGCCAAACGAGUGGCUCACCUGUUACAUGUUUCAAAACCAGUCACCAACCUUCACCAUCUCUUCAUAUACGGAUCCUGCCUUGGAAGGAAACACUUGGGACUUAAUGGAUGGCUUAUUUGUACUUUUUUGCCUUCAGUGUUUGAAAGCAUGUUGGUCAGCUCCAAGAUCUGCCAUUAGUGGACUGUUUGCUUUUUAAUGGAAGGAUUUCGCCAGUUUUCAUUAUGUGGCAUGCGCAUGAACUUGAUGACAUGUUAAAAAAACAAAAAAAAAAACAAAACAAAAAACAAAAAAA